AAGCGUAUUCAAUCCGCAAAAUGAGACAUAUAGUCGUUUUUGCAUUAUUUUUACUUGUAUUAGUUCGAGCUCAAUUUAGAGAUCCACCUUUUUCCAGUGGAUGUUUUUUAAGUAGUGAUCGUACAGAACACCUAAAAUAUAUUUGUAAUUCCAAAGCAAACCAAGAAUGUGAACGACCCUUCGAACAUCCGAAGGUGGAAAUAAUAAAAUAUGAGUGCAGAAAAAAAUCAAGCUCAGUGGUUCUUAGGCUAGAUGAACUAAGAGAGUUUGAACAUUUGCGCGUGUUAGAUAUUACAUCAAUAGGAAUUUUCUUCAUUGCAUUUGAACCAAACACUCCGUUCUCUGUCAAUCAACCUGCAACCAAUUUUCAACUUCAAGUAGCAAUUUUGAAAGCAACAAAGAAUCGACUCAAAAAGAUUUCGCAUGAAAUUUUGAAUUAUAUGCCACGACUAACUGAAAUUGAUUAUUCGUACAACGAAAUUCUAUACUUAAAUUUAAAUGAAUUCAACAUGAACAACGAUAUUUCGAUAAUAAAUUGUUCAUAUAACCAGAUAGAAAAUAUUGUCAAUGGAACAUUUUCAACUCUUUUAAAACUGAAAAAGUUGAAUUUAAGUCAUAACAAGAUCGUAAAAAUCGAUGAAAAUGCCUUUGGAAAUGGAUUUUUUCCAAAUGAACCGCAAGUGAAUAUGUUAAACUUGAGCAGCAACCCAUUAACUGACUUUGAUUUUAGAAUAUUUUUAACACUUCUCAAUCUGGAUGUACUAGAUAUGAGCAACACCCGUAUUCAAAGGAUCAUCGAUGGAUGUUUUGAGAACAAUACAAAAAUGAAAGUGUUGAUCUUGGCUAAGAGUUCAUUGGAAGAAUUCAGUUCUAAAUUGAUUUCACCUCUCCAUGAAUUAGAAUUGUUGGAUCUAAGCAAUACUCGCAUUCAAAAGAUCAAUGACGGCUGCUUUGCGAAUAAUCCCAAAAUGAAGGAGUUGAAUUUGAUGGGUACCUCAUUGAAGAAAUUCAGUUUCAACACAUUUUCACCACAAGCGGAUUUGGUUGAAGUGCAUCUUCCAUCUCAUAGCAUCGAAGAACCGGAUAUAAGUUGUAUAAAUUCAAUUUGUCAUUUCAAAAACUUUGACAAAGAUGAUUUCUUUGAAAAUAUUCGGGUUUUCAAAGCUUCAGGAAAUCGUGACCAAAAUAUUUCCAAAUUAUUGGAUAAAAUUGGACUGAGUGUCAUAAUGAUGGAUCUAUCACGGAAUUCUAUUGAAACUUUAACUAAUAAUAUGUUGCUACGCUUUUCUAAUCUACGCCAUCUCAAUCUGAGCCAUUCAAAUAUAUCCAAAAUUGAAAACAACGCAUUUCUGGGGCAAGCGAAUUCGAAUUUGAUGAUUUUACUUGAUCUUUCGUUCAAUUUUUUGGAAGAAAUCGAUAAUGUGAUAUUUCCCAUCGGUUUGCAGAGAUUGAAUUUAGCAGGCAAUCGAUUAACGAAGCUUGACAACGUUAUUCCAAGAUGUUUGCCAAAACUUAGGUCGCUCCAAAUCUCAAAGAACCAAUUUGACUCUCAAUAUGUGGAUGACUUCUUGGAAAAAUGGAAGAUUACUAAUGUGACGAUUAAUACUGUCAUUGAUAUUGAAGACGAUAUUAGAAUAGAUGCGUUUGCUAUAACACCAACAACACAAAGCAUUGUGACAGAUGAUAGCACAGCUAUAACGAUUGCCACGCCAACACUUACAACAGAAGAGUCAAGUUCAACCUUAGACUCAACUUCGACUUCAGAUUCUACCACAACCUUAGCUCCAUCAAAAACCGCAACGUUUGAGACCAAUGAAUCAGAAAAUAAAUCAGAUUUAAGCAUAAAUCUGCACAUAUCGACAAACAUGAUGUAUGUUAUCAUUGGUGUUUUAAUCGUCAUCACAAUAAUUGUUGUAGCAGUAAUUUUGUAUUUUUGUCGAAGAAAACCCAUAACAUCGGCAAGCAUACCGUUAAGCACAGUUUCAACCAAUCUAAGAACCAAUGUAAACACUUUAACGGAGGAGCCUCCAUAUGAAGAGAUCAAAGACCCUUUGCCAUCCGCAUAUGCUGUUACCACUCUCAAUCACAUGUCGCACUACGAAAACUCACCAGCAUGCACCAUGACUUUGGAUCGUUAUCAAGAUGUGCACCAAUUCAAUAAUUCGUUGCAAUCAAAUGAAUAUGCAAACAUUUAUCAUCAUUAUUCUACUGUUUCUAAACCGAAAUUCCAAUCGCAUUUUGGAGCAAUGGCCUAAGAGCUUCACGA